GCCGAUAAACAUUGCGACCCGACCCCGCAGACAGAGCCCCGCUGAUGCACGGCACGUCAAACCCGAGGGGAGGCCGAGUCGAGACCGAGGUUGCUCAUAUUACUACAAAGCUGGAUUUUACCCGCCGACAUAACAGAGGCGCACGCUGUGUCGCAGCGUCAUCCUGUUUCGAGAGGACGAGACGUCAACCUGCCGCCCUGACAUCCACCUCCAAGCCCGGAAACCCUGCUAGCUCCGGCAGCUAACGCGAGCUAGCUAAGUUAGCUGUUACAUACCCUCGUUUUUUUUCUCUUUCACACGCAGCUGACCUCCACCAUAACACAGACGCGCCGAGUAUCAUUUGGUACCCACGUCGGGGUGGUUAUUCCCCUUCCUCCACGCUCCAGUUGCCUCCGUGGUGUAGUGCCCCCGCGGACGGUUCCCGAAUAUGAUACACAAUGAGUCAAAGAGACACCUUAGUUCACCUGUUUGCUGGAGGGUGCGGGGGCACAGUAGGAGCCAUAUUGACUUGUCCGCUGGAAGUAGUGAAGACUCGCCUGCAGUCGUCCUCCAUCACCCUCUAUGUGUCUGAGGUUCAGCUCAGCAGUGUUGGCGUGGCCCGCGUGUCCCCUCCAGGCCCCCUGCAUUGUCUCAAGUUGAUAUUAGAGAAGGAAGGACCUCGGUCUCUCUUUAGGGGAUUGGGGCCAAACUUGGUGGGUGUGGCACCUUCCAGAGCAAUCUACUUUGCUGCUUACUCCACGGCCAAAGAAAAACUCAAUGGCGUGUUGGAACCUGACUCCACACAGGUGCAUAUGGUGUCGGCUGGAAUGGCAGGUUUUACAGCCAUCACAGCAACCAAUCCAAUAUGGCUCAUAAAGACCCGUCUGCAGCUGGAUGCGAGGAACCGUGGCGAGCGAAGGAUGAGCGCGUUUGAUUGUGUGCGUCGAGUGUAUCAAGCAGAUGGCCUGCGAGGCUUCUACAGAGGAAUGUCGGCAUCUUACGCCGGUAUCUCAGAGACUGUGAUCCACUUUGUGAUCUAUGAAAACAUUAAGCGGCGCCUCUUGGAGGCCAAGGCACCUCAGAACAUGGACGAGGAGGAGGAGGCGUCGAAAGAUGCGUCGGACUUCGUGGGGAUGAUGCUCGCUGCUGCCACCUCCAAGACCUGUGCCACGUCUAUUGCUUAUCCCCAUGAAGUGAUCCGCACCAGGCUACGCGAAGAGGGCACCAAGUACCGCUCCUUCUUCCAGACUCUAACGACGGUGCCCAAAGAGGAGGGCUACCGCGCCCUGUACCGCGGCCUCACCACCCACCUGGUACGCCAGAUCCCCAACACCGCCAUCAUGAUGUGCACCUACGAGCUGGUGGUCUACCUCCUGAACGGUUAACGCCUCCCCCCCCCCCCCCCUCUUAGACGUUUGAUUUAAACCCUGCCCCUGUUUGGAGAACGAGAGCAUCUGCACACCAGCUAGCACGGCUAACAACCUGAGAGCGACGGAGACAGCGCCUCCACCUCUGUCUCGGUGACACGAGCGGUUGUUACGAAAAACAGUUGGUCGUUUUGUUUUGUAACCAAAGGGUAUGGCACAAGGAGGAGGGUCGAGGAGAACCUUGCAUUGAUUUGGGGACCUACCUUAGCAGUGGCAAAGAAAUAUUUGACUUACAGUUUGUGUUUCAUCAUUUUCUCACUUUGGGUUAUACACGUUGCCUGUGCAAACUCAGAUUCAGAGUGCUGCAGUAAGAGCCCAAGUUACAGUGCACUCUGCCUAACAAUACUAAUAACGAGGAGAAGUACAACAGUUCCAGUCCUUAAUACCUACUGGGUAUUCUGUGGGUCCCUCUUCAGCAGUAGUCUUUGUUCUAAUGCAGAUGAUCAGUUUUAAACAUAUUCUUGUUAUAUUUUAUUCCCCACAUCCCUCAGAGUGCCGCUAGAGGCCCGGAAAACAAAGACACCAGAGUCAGUAGCUGCCACGCAUCAUCUCUGUACGCGACGAGGGUUCUGAAGUCAGCCGAGAGCAGAGAGAGAUCCGUGCUCCAGGUUAAGGGUUUAACUGAGGGAGAAAGGAGGAUGCGUAGCUCUGGCUGACCUCUCACAGCAAUGUUUAAGUGUCAUGACUUCCAGUGUCUUCAGUGACAUCGUUAGAAAUGCUGUAAUCUACCUGCAUCUGCAGGUUUUAAGUGGCCUGGAACCAGCCACAAGUUGCCCCAACCAAAGUUUAUUUAGGAGAAGUUUGCUACAUUUGGGAUUCAUUUGGAAGAUCUGCCCGGUCUAGCAAAAUUGUCAACGCUGGCUUUAUGUAGUGAUGGACACUAUCCAGUCGCAUUUUUAUUGGUUGAAACACGCCCCAUAAUGAGAUGUCUGACUGCACCAGGCUAGCUCUUUACACUACAUUCAUGAACCCCCCACUCUGUGUUUGUUAACCACGAGAGGUCAGACAGGACAGGAAGUCAUACCAGAAUAUAAUCCACCUCUCUAACUACUGGAAUGUAAAUAAACUAGAGGAUUAACUGUACUGAAGGCAAGGAUGUGAAACUAAAUCUAAAUUGGUGUAUAGAGAAUAUCUACAUGCAGUAAAGUGAUGGGGUUGUGAGGGCAGUUUUGGCAAAGAUGCAUUUGUUUUUGGAGGGGAGGGCACUUGUUAGUUGUUUAAUCUUUUAAAGUAAUAAUAAUAAUAUUAAAAAUAACCCGUUAUUAUUCUUGUAGCACUUAUCUUUCUCUCAAAGGCUCAUCUCAUUGGUCUUCACUCUGUCUGAGAAUCCAGGCGAGGACAAUCCUCUUUGAGUUUACACUGGAAAACUUGUACGGUUUAGCCAGCAUGUGAAGGAAGUGGCCAGGAAUAUGCUCUUCAUUAACGCACAUUAACUCAACGCUGAACAGUAGGAAAAACAAGCAAACAAACAAAAAACUGUUGCGUUGAUUCCAUCACCUUCUUGAGUUAUUUCCAAAAACAAAUCACUGCAUUUCAACUUUUUUUUCCCUUUUUUUUUUCUUUGUCGUCGGCGUUUUAACACAGGUGGAGGUCUUUGUUGUUGGAAUGGAUGGAAAGGUGCUUGAUCUCUGUUUUUUUUUUGUUUGUUUUUUUGUUUUGUUUUUUGUUUGUUUUUUUGUUUUUUAGCUCACGUUUCAGACAGUUUCGGCGCGGCCACAUUUCGUCACAGCGACAGCCGCUCCGUCACGUGGGCGUUUUCGUCACCGCUGGAUUUCCAGAAACUGCUAACAUGAAUUCUGAUCUCACUUUAACACCCUGAGCUGCUGCCACUCGUCCUCCGGUGGACGCUAAGUGGCUCGGAUAGCUUAUCCAGACGCUCUGCUGCUCGGUAGGUGAGAGCCGCGUGUGCGGCCGCGAGCGUCUACCCCUUCCUCCGCGUGUCAGCCUGAGAUGCUUCUGUGAGCUGACGUCGUUAAUGUAAUCCUCAAUGUGAACACGCGUUUUAGUUCAGUUUUACAGCACACAUGAAGGAUGCUUUAGAUUAGUCAUUAUUUAAAUGUUGGACUAGCAUCAGCGCGCGCUGUAGGUUGACGGCUGUCCCCCCGGCUGCGGCUGGUGGCGACAGGACGGCGUGAGUUGAUUGGGCCUGAUGCGAUUAAAGGGUCAUUUCACCCACAUGAGACCUGUUCUCUGUCUUACAUUUAAGUGGCAUUUGCUUUCGCUUUCUCCAGGGUGUGAGACGCCCGCUGUCAUCUCGCGGUGCAGCGCUGAGGUGGCGGCAGAUCCCUCAGAGCGAAGCCGCGUGCGAGGUGAACUGACCCUUUAACUGUGCGUUUCUAUGCAUCUCUUCUCUCGUCUUGUUUCGUCAGGCGAUGCACUCUUUCCUGCAUCCCGUCGGUAUUCUUUUGCACCCACACGUUUGCGUCGCGUGCCAGUGAGUGUGCGUGGAUGUGUGUCUCGCGAGUGCUCGCCCAUGUGAGACUUUUGUGUGUGUGUGUUUGGUUCGGUCGCGUCCUGUGCGUAAGAGAUCGUAGGAGUGUGCGUGUGUCCGGGUUCAUAUAUCUGCAAACAGUGUUGUUUAUUUUUUAAUCUUUUAAAUGAGUUGCUGCCUUUUGUCCCGACGCCCUUUGUGUUUUUUUCCACGUUGUCGUCGAUGAGCCGACUGAGUGUGGCUCGCUCUAUGCAUUCUCUCAUACCUGUUUUUGUAAAACAAAAUGUCAAUAAAAUUGAAGGAGUGCAAGUAUA